AGCUUCUCUUCCGACGACGUCCAUUACAGGCCACACGGGCUAGACAGGCAGUCUGAGCUCUGUAAACACACGCCUUGAGGCAUCAUCACGAACCGCACGAAGGUGAAGGUGCUCGGUCAGCUGCGGGCUAUUCACCCAAUCCCGAGGUCAGCACAAAGUAGCCGACACCAAAUCAAAUAGACCCUCUUGCUAAUGGUGCAGGGGGUAAUCCUGGCUUAUUCGUUUCAUUCCAAUCUUUCUGAUCGUGCGCACAGCUCAUGGCGUCCGUAACACCGCGCAUGUCAAUGCUCUUGGCGGAGGAUUACUUUGAGGACGCGAUGGGAAAUGAGGACGAUGUCGAGGGUCAGGGGGCGGAUGGCAGAACGCCUCUGGAUAAAACUAUUGAUAGAAUAGGAAUGGGAUCUUAUCAGUGGACGUUGCUUGCUUUGUGUGGCUUUGGUUGGCUAGCAGAUAAUAUGUGGAUUCAAACCGUCGCGAUCAUUCUACCUAGAGUACAACAGCACUUUGGCGUCUCCGACGGCCAGAUUGGAUACCUUUCCUCCUCAAUGUUUGCAGGGAUGAUGAUUGGUGCAGUGGGAUGGGGCUCAUGUUCUGACCUGCUCGGUCGUAGUACCGCAUUCAAUCUAACGCUAUGCUUCACUGCAAUUUUUGGACUCGCUGCUAGCUACGCCCCCACUUUCUCAAUGUUAUGCAUAGCUUUGUUUUUCCUCGGAACUUCUGUCGGAGGAUCCAUGCCGACGGAUGGAACUCUCUUAUUAGAGCAUAUGCCGAAAGGCAAACAGUACAUGGUUACCGCUCUCUCCGUAUUCUUCUCCUUUGGCUCGGUGAUAUCCGCUAUAGUUGGUAUCAUCGUUAUUCCAGGGCACUCCUGUCCACCAAAAUCCCAAUCGUGCGAUGUCGCGACGAUGAACAAAGGCUGGGAAUAUUUAUUAAUGACCAUUGGGUUUAUUACACUGUCUUUCUUCCUGGCCCGAAUAGUCUUCUUUAAGCUGCACGAGUCGCCACGAUACCUUGUUCACGCCGGUAGACACGAAGAAGCCUUAGUAAACCUACAAAAGAUCUCACGCUUCAACGGUUCUGAACUCUCUUUGGUCCUGGACGACGUGCGGGAUCACCAUCUUGACGAGCCCGUAGAGGGAGAAGACGCACCUUUCCUUGCUAGGAGGCAGGAACGCGCAAGAGCAAACGUCGGGACUAUAUUUGAUACUGACGCCCUUGGCGACCGACAGUCAGAUAGCGAGCGAGAGCCUCUUGCUGCGGAUAUUGCGACGGGUGGGGUUAAACCAUUAUCAUCCCCACCAGACAGAGUUCACUACGACUCAACAGGAUCAUCGGACGUACCUUUGGAUGCGCAUGCAUUCGUAACACCCGCUACAGAGGAACCUCCUCGAAUAUCUAGCGAGACGAUUACACCCCAUGUCCCUGCUUCUUCUGGUUCUCCUCAAGUUAAAGAGGAGGAAGAACUUCUACCUGAGCCAUCGUCUCGUGCGCGGCCUUCUAUCGUUAGAUCCUCUAGAUUUUCCCGGCGGUCUAGUCUGUAUGAAGCAAAAGCAAAAGUGUACUGGGCGCUUCCACGUCGUAUCCGAAAACCACUCUGGGCUUGGUCAGACAAGAUCAGUGUUGUGUUAGGCUCGGAAUGGAGGACAACGACGUUGCUAGUAUGGGCAAUGUGGUGCUCUAUGUCACUCGCAUAUACAAUGUUCAAUGUAUUCCUACCGAAAAUGCUGGAGAUGAACACUGGUGGAAGAGAAGACGAAAAAACACUUGAAGAAACGAUGUGGGAUGUAGUGAUUUUCACGAUUGGAGGAUGUCCUGGAGCUCUCAUUGGUGCAUAUAUGAUUGAAUCGUCGUUUGGGAGGAGAUGGUCGCUUGCGAUGAGCACGUUCGUUACUGCGGCGUUUUGUGUUGCGUUUGUCUUUGCGGAGAGUUCGUUCUUUGUGCGGUUGAGUACUAUUGGGAUUAGUCUUAGUUCAACGACUAUGUGGGCUGUAUUAUACGGAUGGACACCCGAGAUCUUCGACACUGCCGUCCGAGGAACAGCAACAGGGACCGCUUCCGCCUUAUCUCGAGUCGGCGGAAUGAUCGCACCCGUCCUCGGCGGUGCCCUCCUCGCCAUCUCCCGCUCUCUCCCACUCUACACAAGUGUCAUCGUCUUCGUUAUUGCUGGAAUUUGCACACUCAUGCUGAGAGUUGAGGAGAGUGGUGGGCCAGUGACGGGUGUCGCACACUAGUUAGAUGCAUUAGAUCAUAUCGCACUCACACGCAAAACAAAAAAGUUGCGUUGAGUAUUGGGGUUGGAAGAUGGUGCUGGUGCUUGAGGAGAGAUGUUUUGCAUCAUUGUUGCUGUUUCGUGGACGACUUUUUGAAUGACUUUUUUCUUCAUGCUUUCCGUUGUGAUUGUCGUGUUCCUGUAGACUACUGUAAAUGUAAUUAGACGUGCAUAAAAAAAUUGCUGCUCUUUUGAAUCGAA